CUCCGAGAUCGCGAGAACACGAAGGCUCCGCGAGAUUUGUAGUGUCCCGAACCCGGAGUGAGUGAGCAGUCCCAGUGGAGAGCUGCUGGAUUUCAGAGACCAGGACCAGGACCAGGACCAGAACAAGAGCGGAAUGGAGGAGGAGAGACCCAGUGGAGAGCUGCUGGAUUUCAGAGACCAGGACCAGGACCAGGACCAGAACCAGAGCGGAAUGGAGGAGGAGCAGCAGAAGCCGGAGCAGCGGAGCAACAAGGUCCCCAGAAGAGCAGCAGCAGGCUCGGCCUCUGAUAGCAGCGGUGUUCAGAAACGGAGAGGAGGAGGGGGACUCGGACAUCACAGCUGUCAGCACAGUGACAGGUCCUUCACAAGAUCUGGAAGUUUAAAGACUCAUCAGAGAGUUCACACUGGAGAGAAACCAUACAGCUGUCAGCACUGUGGAAAGUCCUUCACAACAUCUGGAUAUUUAAAGAUUCAUCAGAGAAUUCACACUGGAGAGAGACCAUACAGCUGUCAGCACUGUGUUGGCUGCGCUCAAACGUCAUCAACUCAUUCACACUGGAGAUAA